AUGAGUAGAUCUAUAUGACACAUAAGCAAAAAAAAAAAACGAAAGAAAAAAGAAAAAAAAAAAAACAAAAAAAAAACAACAAAUAGAAAUAGGAAUUUGCAAAAGUGUGCGCAUUCUGAAAUUACAUCACUGUACCUAUCAACAAAGAAAAUAAGACAAAAAGGUUAAAAAUAAGUUAACAGCGGCACUUCCUUCGUUCAUUUCAACAUAUCUAUGCUUAUUGAUUCCUUUAUUUACAUUGUAAAUACGUUUUUUUCCAAGAAAUUUUUAUGCAGGCAAUUGUAAUUUUCCAUAAUUUUUUUUUUAAUAUUCUCUUCGAAGUUGUAAAAUACACGAACGCUCCCUUGUCCAGGCGAUUCACGCUUUACAGUAUGGUAUAUCUGCAGUGUGUUCUAUUUAUAGAAAAUGAGAUAGGUAAGUAGGUCAUGCUAAGAAUAGAAAUAGAAAACUUGACUUACAGAGUAACCUCCCUUAUCAAUAAAUCGGAUCAACAUUUUUGACGAAAUUGUAAAUAAAAAAAAUAUGUUCUGCUCUACAAAUAAGGAGAGGAAAGACAGAUAGCAUUGUUUUAAAUCACAUAAUAAGUUGCAUUACAUACAUUUUUUAUGUUUUCUUUUUGCCAUUUUUUGUUUAUUCACUAAAAUGUAUUGUGCAAUAUCGUUGAUCCUUUUACAAACUAUUCACUGUGUUCAGUUUAUCACUCCGAAACUAUUCAUUACCAUCUUUACAGGGUCCGAAAUAAAAGUGUAUCCCAUAUACUCGACACCGCCUUCAGGGCGGCGUCGAAUUAAGUGGACUGAAAUGUAUAACAAUAAAAGCACCACCAUAGAUCGACUAAGAUCGGGCGCAGUGGGCCAGUUAUUACAUUGCCUAACAACGAAACAUGGGUUCGUUGGAUCGAUCCUCUGAUAUUCCAACUAAAAUAAUAAUCGUUGGGAUAAGAGUCCAGUGUAUUAAUGCUGUAUACAUGGAACACUAAAAAACAGAUAUAUCUGAUAUAAGAAGGCAAGGUCUGCAAGCAGAAUUAACAAAUAAUGGACAUAGUCAUACCUGACAUGCUUCCUGCAAAGACUGAUACACAACCAAGAACACACUAUGAAUUUAUUGCACAACCUUUGCAGUUUGGUACUCCUACUAACGUAUUUAAUAACAGUAUAGAAAGAGAAAAUGAUGGCACUGUAGAGAAAGAGAUUCCAAGUACAUAUAUAAAUGUUGACAGAGGUCUUGAUGCACAAGCGGAACUCAGUUUCGACAUUACUGAGGAGAUAGUCGAGACUGAAGACAUUCUCAUCGAUAAAAUAUCUUACACAGAAACAGAACAAAGUUCAGAUCCCUUGUCGCUUUGUUCCAUUCUAGAUGAGAUUCCAGAUGGAAGUGAUUAUGUAGACAAUGACAAUGUACAGCUGUAUUUGGAAUGUUCUGAUGACAAUGAAAACAGCAGUCAUGAAUAUUUCAGCAAGUUUAAGCCCAGUCGUUCAAACGCAGAGGCAACAUCACAAAUCAAAAUGGACACACAAUUUAAAAUUUCGUUCCCAUCUGUUCCUGAAAGAGCACUUAAAUGCUCUUUAUGCAAUUUAUUAUUUCUGUCGAAGGAUUUUCUAAGAGAGCAUACAAUUAUAAAUCAUAGCAAACAGUUUUAUUUCUGUAAUCUGUGUCCAUAUUUUACAAAGAGCAUGAAGUUCUAUAACACGCAUAUACAGACUAGGCAUAAACAGUGUUUCUCCCCAGUUCAAGGUCAGUCUGAGUGUCUGAAGUUAACUGUAGCUGCAGCACAAGUUACUGACAAAAAUAGUGUGGCGGAAACACGAUAUAUAGAAAGUGAACCCGAGAGUGUAAAUACAGAUGAAUUGAAUAUAUCUGAUGAGAGAAGUAGUUAUAUAAGCAUUGAUGAAACUCGGAAAGAUGAUGAAAUUGUUAAAGUUUAUGAGACUCAGAAAGGUCCAUCUUUGAGAAAAGUAGAACAGAACGUGAAGUGUGAAUUGUGUGAGUUCAAAACAAAAUCUAAACGAUUGUUAAAUUAUCAUAUGCAAGCAAUGCAUAACAAAGAUCGCGUUGUCUUCCAUUGUUCUAAUUGUGAGUAUACUUGUUUACAGAGACGAUCGUUUCAGUCUCAUUUAAAGAGACAUACAGGCGUUUUUGAGUUCCAGUGUAAGACUUGUGAUAAGAAGUUUGUUUCUAAACAUCUUCUCACUAAACAUGUGAGAAAUCACAGAAAUGAAUCCAUUAAAUGGAAAACAAACAGUAGCACAUUCCGGGAUAAUGAUGUCAAUCAGCCAGUAGAAAGAACUGAGGCAAACCAGGUCUUUGUAAGGAAUAAUUCUACACAGACAAAAUUAGCAAGGACUGGUUUUAUUCAAGCGACAAACAGUGACUAUAGCAAAAGCAUCGAGCCAAAACUACAUUUGAGCUCAUUGAAAUGUAAUACAAAGAAAUUUAAAUGUACAUUUAAUGGCUGCAGUAAGAUUUUUAGGGACAGUUUCAAUCUGAGAAAACAUUUAGCAGUUCAUUCAAAAUCCAGAUCUUAGCUGUCUGUCAGUUGUGAUUAUUGCUCAUUUACAUACAUGUACUCAGAUGAGUACACUUAAAAAUAAUAUGUAUUAAAGUUUACCACAUAAUACUGGCAGCCCGUCCGCUUAGCUUGGUAGGGAGAGUGCAGAUCUAAGGAUCGCAGGGUCACGAGUUUGAUCCUGGCGAGUGGCGUAGAGCAUAUGUUCUCCCUGACGAUUUGAUGAAAGACAUUGUGUCUGAAAUCAUUCUUCCUCCACCUCUUAAUCAAGUGGGGAAGUCGCAGUUACUUGUGAAGAACAGGUACAGAAUCUAGGAACACAGUUUCGCCAUAUGACCUAUAAUUAGUUCGGUGUGACGUUAAACCCAACAAAAUAAAUAAAUAGGUUAACUGAUUACUGUUACAUAACUGUUGGACUUUGACAUGCAGGAAUCAUUGUUUUUUAACUCGCCUGAACAUGUAGUGCUCCUGGUGAGUUAAUUUUCACUGUCUGUCUGUCGUCCACAAUUUCUUUAAAGACCAGUUCCUCCUACAUCACCAAGCCAGUUUCAACCAAACUUAAAAGGAAUGCUCUUUCAGAUUCCUUUAAAUCUAGGAACAAACGACCUCUAUAUAAGAUUUAUCCACGAAUACAAAAUUCCAGGCCACGAAUGUCACAUUUUUUCAAAACGCAGAACUAAAGAGUGUCAUUACAUAUACAAUAUUGCAAUGAUUACAUGAUAAAAAAUAUGUCACUUGCAA